GUCCGAGAGUUCUACUUUUAUGUUUGUUGUUUAAGGAUUUUCUGGGUUAGUUUGAUGAUAUAAAGGGUGUUAAGGGUAUCAUGACAGUUAACAGAACUAUAAACUGAUCACAAACGCAGCAGCAGCUGCUGCUGUUUGACUGUGUUUGACCAGAGUUGACUGGGGUUAACCGGCGGUUGACUGGCAACAGCAGGGGGCUGAAAUACAGUUUUUUAACUUUUAGAUAUUGUUGGUCAAUGCACUUUCUGUACUAACAUUCUCAGUUAGCUGGGCUCAGUGAUGGCCUCAAGGUUCCAGGCGGCGAUACUUGUAUCUUCACCUAUGUGCUCAAAUGCGAUUGCAUGGUCUGAUGAAAACUUGAUCGCUGCUGCCUCUGGAUAUUGCGUUACAAUCAUGAACCCUGCUAUGCCAUUUGGACCUAAAGGUUUAAUCACAAUUCCCGACAUCAAACCUUUUCCAGUUGGUGUUAUAGAGAGCAAAGAUUUGGACUCCGGUUGUAUGUUGCCUACGUGUUUGUCUCGUGAAGCUCGUCCUUGUGUACGCUCAAUAUCUUGGUCUCCACUUGGAUUCGCUCCUAAUGCUGGGUGUUUGCUUGCUGUUUGCACCACUAAAGGGGUGGUUAAGGUCUACCGCUCGCCGUUUUGUGAAUUUUCUGCUGACUGGGUAGAGGUUAUGGAUAUAUCUGAAAUGUUACAUACGUAUUUUGCAAAAAUAAGAUAUGGGGAGGCUCACGUUGCAUCUCCAGAAGACUCUAGCCAAGUUAAUUUCAAGCAAGGGAACCAUGAGGAUGGACCGAUAGCUCAUUUACGAAUCAGAAGCAAAGGCAAAAGACAAAAUAAUUCCUCCUUUAUAAGUGCAGAGCAGUAUGCUCAUCGUAGUGCAAUGCUUUCAUCGCUUGUUGCUGUGUGGUCCCCGAUGCUUGAUAGUGAGUCAGCAAGGAGGUUUUGCGUACUUGCCGUUGGUGCGAAAAGUGGAAUAAUAUCGUUUUGGAGAGUCCAUGAACCGCAAUGCUACUCCAUAACACAAGGAAGCAAUCCCGCUCCCGUUGCAUCAUUCGUAGGCUUCAUCCAAGCCCACAACUCUUGGAUCACCGCAAUCAGUUUCUCGAAGUUUGUUUCCGAUGGAUCACCUCAGCUUCUAUUGUCAACCGGAUCCUCUGAUGGCAGUGUGAAACUCUGGCGGGUAUAUAUCAGUGACCUGCUCAAGUCCACUGAAGACAGUCAUGCUUCAUUUUCUCUGUUGAAGGAAGUUAUAAGUAUUGGGUCAGGCGCUUGCACUGUACUUUCACUUCUUCUUCCGGAUACUUCCCCGCACAAGAUAAUCUUGGCUGUUGGCAGAGGUUCUGGAUCGUUAGAACUAUUGACUUAUGACACCUCCGUUGGAACGUUUGACGUAUCUGGGUCACAUCAUGCGCAUAACCAAGCUGUUACAGGUUUGGCUUGGGCUUUUGAUGGACAAUGCUUGUACAGCUGUAGCCAGGAUAAUUCUUUGCAUAGUUGGAUUAUAAAAGGAUAUUCGCUCCAUGAAGUACCUUUACCUUCAAAUAUUCUUGGUGUUAAGAUGUCUACCGAUGUCCCUAGUGUGUCUGAUGCUUGUUUCGGUAUAGCAGUGUCGCCUGCCAACCUUGUGCUUGCUGUGGUUCGACGCUUUGAUGUUAAUGCGUUAAACCCAAUGUAUCAGAAGUCAUCACUGAAGGCUGUCGUUGAAUUCUUCUGGAUUGGCGGGCAAAAGCUGCAAGAUGACGGUGCAUCUGACGAUGAAAGUUUAGUUUGUUGGGGACGUAACAUGUUAUGGUCGUUAAAUCAGUAUGUUCAUCGUCUUGAUAAGCCUCUGGUUGUAUGGGACAUGAUAGCAGCGUUAUCGGCUUUCAUAAAAAAAUCCGAAGUUAGCUACGUGGAGCAAAUACUCGUUAAGUGGCUGACGUCUAGUCUCGGAUUUGAGUGUGCUCCUUCUCUUGAAAGCGUUUUUCCACACGUCUAUAGAUUAUCUUCACGCCAAUUGCAUCUACUUAAUAUUAUUAAUAGGCAUGUUAUACUUAGAGAAGCGAAGUUGGAUGAUGGCGAGCAUACAUUCGCGAGGAAAGAAUCAAAAGUAUGGAUUACGCUUCUUGAAAUGUGUGAAAAACAUAUUCGAGAAAGGCUCGUUGGUUGUAGUUUUUCCGCCAUACUAAACGGUAACUUGCAGCUUGCUGGAUUGGCACAAAUGAGACUCUGGGUCGCAAAAAACGACUACAUGGUUCAAGAUCAUGUAAAACGCCUUGCUUCUGAAGUAAAAAAGAUUAAGAAAAGAUAUGUAGCCGAAGCAGAAGACGAGCAUUGUAGCUACUGUUCAGCAGGUGUUCCAUUUGAGGAUACAGACGUUGCGUAUUGCCGAAGUGUUGAUAGGCAUAAAAUGGCUAGAUGUGCGGUUUCUAUGGUCGUGUGCUCUCUUUCUCCGUUAUGGUUUUGUGUAUCUUGCAUGAGACAAGUCUCAAAUUUGGCUCCGGAGACUCUUUUUACAUUGCUCAGAUACCCUGCGCCGUCUGUGGACCAAAAAGGUGACAUAAUAUUGUCAAAACCGUUGUGUCCGUUUUGUGGGAUACUGCUGCAAAGGUUGCAGCCGAUGUUUCUACUUUCAACGCUACCUGUAUAGAUCCCUAUCGAGGAAUUUACUACUUCAUCCGUGUGUGUAAACUCUUUUAAACCUCCUCCUAUUUUUUUGGAAAGUAUAAACCAGUUUGAGUUUCAAACCGGUUCGGUUCUGGUUUAUAAUAUAAUGUUUUAUACAUUUCGAAUA